GAAAGGUUUCAUCCGAUCGAGUGUGUCACCGUGGGGCGCACCGGUCUUGUUUGCUAAGAAGAAAGAUGGUUCGUUGAGGUUGUGCAUUGAUUAUCGGAAGUUGAAUCAUGCCAUCAUCAAGAACAAGUAUCCUUUGCCAAGGAUAGAUGAUUUAUUUGAUUAGUUGAGGGGAGCCAGUUGUUUCUCGAAGAUUGACUUGAGGUCUGGCUAUUAUCAGUUGCGGGUUAGGGAUGAGGAUAUCCCGAAGACAGCAUUCCGUACACGGUAUGGACACUAUGAGUUCCUUGUUAUGCCUUUUGGCUUGACUAAUGCGCCAGCGGCAUUCAUGGACUUGAUGAACCGCGUCUUUCACGAUUACUUGGACCAGUUUGUGGUAGUUUUCGUGGAUGACAUUCUUAUAUACUCACGGACUCGGGAAGAUCACGAGGUCCAUUUGAGUAUUGUUUUACAGAUUUUGCGGGAACACCGAUUGUAUGCCAAAUACGAGAAAUGUGAGUUUUGGCUACAGGAGGUGAAGUUUUUGGGGCAUGUUGUUUCAGAAGGUGGAGUAUCAGUUGAUCCAUCAAAGGUUGAAGCAGUUUUGACUUGGGAGCGACCCAAGAAUGUGUUUGAGAUCCGCAGUUUUCUUGGUUUAGUGGGUUACUAUCAGAGAUUUGUGAAGGAUUUCUCCCGUUUGGCAGCUCCUAUGACCCGUUUGACCCGGAAAGGGGUCAAGUUUGUCUGGAAUGAGGCCUGUGAUUCAUCUUUUCAGGAGUUGAAGACGAGAUUGACUACAGCUCCAGUGUUGGUGAUACCUGAGCGAGGCUUGGGUUAUGUGAUCUAUUGUGAUGCUUCACGUGACGGGUUGGGAUGUGUGUUGAUGCAGGAUGGUAGAGUAGUGGCUUAUGGGUCUCGACAGUUGAAGACUCACGAGCUUAACUACCCUACUCAUGAUCUGGAGUUAGCGGCAGUUGUGUUUGCCUUGAAGUGUUCAUGCUGA